GUUCGCGCGCUGUCGUUGGACACAAUUAACCGGAAGAUCUACUGGGUGGAUACAGAAGAAGAGAUAAUAUAUGUGUCCAAUUUAGAUGGGUCCGAUACUGUGAACUUUAUGGACGAUAUGGAUCGGGUUAGAGGCAUUGUGGUCAACUCAAAUUACAGCCUCGGCUUCAUCGUCCAGCAUUCACGGAUAUCACGUUUCCGGUUGUUUAAUGUGUCUGAUAUUGUCUCUUAUCCGUCCGUUACAUGGAUUUUAUCCCUUGCCGUGGAUUUCCCAGGUGGAACUGUUUACUGGUACGACAGAGAUGCGGAAGAGAUACGAGCAUCUGAUCUUAACUUAGGGAACGUUCGACAACUUGUCAGUACGGGUGAACUUGGCCACUUCAUUGUUCGUGGUUUAGCCGUGUAUGAAUCUAGUAUAUGUUGGGUAAGCGUAGACACCGCUAUUUUUCGGGCUGACAAAGUUACGGGAGGAAAUAUACAAGCAGUCAGUGACACAGUAUUCGAAAAUCCAUUCGGACUUUUCAUAUAUAACGAUCCAGAAACAGAAAAAAGUGCCAAGUGCAGUACACCUACAACAUUUCCCGAACCAACAACGGAAACAAGAACAGAUGUAACUACGGAUGGAACUCUUACAAAUGUGCACACAACAACUUACAUAACAACUACAAUAGAGAAAACGACAGAUACACCCACACUAUUUGCACCAGGCUACUUCAGGAAGCUUUUCAACUCCGGUGGUCAGGAAAUUUGCCUAUUGGAUCAGAGACUUAAUUCUAUCAAUAGCUUGGAAUUCAGAAGUACCACUACCUGUGCUAUUAGAUGCUUGCACAAUUCAUUUUGCGAAGGCUUUGUCGUAAACAAUCAUCUAGACAACAAGUUAUGUUUUCUGUUAGAUCAAAACACAAUUGAAACUAACGUCACCAAAGAAGGUUGCAUUACGUAUAGAAAGGUUUCGAUAGUCUAAUGAUAAGGAAUGUUUUGAACAAUGUUUAUUUUGCUCCUUUCUUCAAUAGUAAUAAUAAUGAUAAUUAAUAAGUUCUAUAUUACCAUUCAUAAACAUAAUUACAAGAUUUUUUAAUAUUUUACACCAUAAACUUUUACAUCUUCACUUACCUCGCUGAUUUAAAACCAUUUUCACUUAGCUCGCUCAGUUAAAAUUUAGUUAACUGUCAAAGAGGUACACAGAGAGAAGAACUGGUGGAGGUUACAAGUCCGCUAUAACCCAAUGGCGUUAACCAGGGAUAGGCCUACUCAUGGUUCCAGAGUAAAUUAGGUUGCUUGAGACGUUAACAACCAAUUUUUUGUGUCAUAGCCACUGUUCCGUGAAUAUAAUAUUAUUUCUAUUCAACAAACCUUUUCAAAAUCCUAAGUACACCAGUGCAACUCUUGAUUUAGUUUUGGCCACACAUCAACCUAGAUAUGACCUACUAAAAAUCUGUUUUCAGGAAGCUUGUUUCAUGGUAUUUUAAUUUGAAACAAAAAAAUUGGCACAAUAACGAGCGAUAUUUCUAUUAAUUCAUAAAACUGGACACUUAAACAGCAGUUUGGUGUUAAUUUAGUUAAUGUUGACCACUUUGCUGCAGCUAAGGAGUCCAAGGAACGAACAUCCUGAAGCUGGAGAAUGUCAAUUAUAUAAUAUUGUUGCCAAGAUAACCAUAUUAUGGUUAUGGUAAUUUAAGUGAUUUAUUGAGCCUCUGAUAUUCAAACAAUUUGCACAAUUUAUCAAUAAAACAAUUCGCGGAAGAGGAGUAUUCAAAAUAUCGGGACGGGGACAAAUCAGAAGGCCGAUGUCGUACUCCAUCGACAAUGAUUUUAUGUGGUUUAUUUAUGUACAAUUCUUAUCUAUUUAUAUACACUCAAGAAGCUUUACACUCACAUUUUCAUAUGAGAAAAUUGUCCAACAACGAUGGAGUGACGGUGUUCCAUAUCUAAGUGUUUGCUGGAAAAACAUCAAUCUGCUGCUUUCUGUUUGAAUAGUGAUCGUGUGAGAAGGAUAGGAUGCAGCAAAAGCCUUGGUCAACUUGUAAAAAUCUAUAAUCGUCUGUAUAAAACAUUUUCAUCGUAAUGAAGCAGCUAUAGUACUGAUAACAAAUUACUUAAAACAGAUUAGGUAUAUAAAUUCAAACUAUAGAUUUUAGUGGUGCAUUUUUAUCAAAUUUUACGACCAAUUGUUACCUACAUUUGUGAGUAUAAGUGUGUAAUAGACAUGCAAAAUACACGGGCAGUUCUAGGUUUAAAUUUAGGGGUGGUGGGUGGGAGUUAAAAUCUUUCCAAAAAACCCCAAAAAGAAAGUUGUUUAAAAUUCAAGGUUUCCCCACUCCUGAGACUUGAGAACGGUCAGAUAAACUUUCUUAUUCUUAUUACAGUAAUAUAGGCCUGUAUGUGUAUAUACAUACAUACAUAUAUGAAAAAAUUGAGUAGUUGCAUACAAUCAUAUUUUUUUUUCAAUGAAUCGAU